CGGCCAGAAUUAGUGGCGUACAGAUUAUCAGCUCCAAAUAUAUAUAUAUAUAUAUAUAAAAUAGAAUUUUCAGGGGGCGUAGGGAAUUUUUUUUAUAUAGCCAACCUUCGAGAUUUGGAGAGGCAGCGUCCAUGCACACAAGUGAGACUUCAUUUAUUUAUAUGACAGAGUUAUUUGAAAACGUGGAAGUAAAAUGCCUUCAUAUUUGAUCGAGGCUAGACGGCUGGAGUAAAGAGAGGAUUGGUGUGGGGUCCAGUGCCAGCUGAUCACUGACGAAAGAGCUAGUAGAUAUGCUGCUGUUGUUAGGUACAAUCUAAAUAGACACCAGGAGCAUUUAGAGCAACAGAAGACUGGAGAACACGUGGUCCUGAGUAUAUGGCCUUCAGCUAACAGGAUCAUCACUGGCAGUUCUUCUGCUAAAACUAUUGUAAUAGUGGGUUGGGUAUAUGUCAGUAUUCCUUUAGAUAUUCUAAUCGGACGGCUUAGAAAGGUUACUAUUGAUUAAAUAUACGAACAAUGUGGUGUGCAAACGUAAGCAGCAAGAUGCAGAUCCGCGUGAAUUAUAAAAACCAAGGCACUAGAAUACAGUAGGGUGGGAAUACGUCAGCACAAGAGACAAGUGGUUAAAUUUUUAGUGAUCAAAUCGAGGAAAAAUCGAACUGGGAAGAAGUGAUCGAAAAGCCCAAAACAUCAUUUGCAGCAAGAGAUUAGAGAUAUGGCGUCGGACGUGCCUUGCUGUGGGACGAAGUUCUCUUUGUAUGUGCUGAUAAUUAUAGGGUUGGUGUGCUUCGCGGGGUUGAUGGCUGGGCUAACUCUGGGUCUCAUGUCUUUGGGCCUUGUUGAUCUCGAGGUACUGAUCAAGUCUGGUCGUCCACAGGAUCGAAUACACGCAGCCAAAAUUUUUCCGGUGGUAAAGAAUCAGCAUCUUCUACUUUGUACCCUUUUGAUCGGGAACUCUUUAGCGAUGGAGGCUCUUCCCGUAUUCUUGGACAAACUGGUGCCUCCUUGGGCAGCGAUUCUGAUAUCUGUCACUCUCAUCCUCAUGUUUGGAGAGAUAUUGCCUCAAGCAGUCUGUAGUCGCUAUGGCUUGACUGUUGGAGCAACGAUGGCGCCAUUUGUCCAUAUUCUUCUCAUUCUAUUCUACCCAAUUUCUUAUCCAAUUAGUAAGGUUCUUGAUUGGAUGUUGGGUAAAGGACAUGCCGUUCUUUUAAGGAGAGCAGAGCUCAAGACUUUUGUGAAUUUUCAUGGUAACGAGGCAGGGAAAGGUGGGGACUUAACACAUGAUGAGACUACCAUCAUUGCUGGGGCACUUGAAUUGACUGAAAAGACUGCAAAAGAUGCCAUGACUCCAAUUUCAAAUGCAUUUUCCCUUGAUCUUGAUGCAACUCUUAAUCUGGAGACUUUGAAUGCAAUAAUGACAAUUGGUCAUAGCAGAGUUCCGGUGUAUGCUGGAAAUCCCACAAAUAUAAUUGGACUUAUUCUGGUUAAAAAUCUAUUGUCAGUUGAUCCAGAAGGUGCAGUUCCCCUGAGAAAAAUGAUAAUAAGAAAAAUUCCUAGGGUUUCUGAAAAUAUGCCUUUAUAUGAUAUUCUAAAUGAAUUCCAAAAGGGUCAUAGCCAUAUUGCUGUUGUCUAUAAGGAUACAAAUGAGGAAAAAGAAAUACCAGUGGAAGGCAAAGAGGAUAAAACACUGGAGUUUAAGGACAAUUGCAAGGAUUUAAGAGGCCAACCUGAUGCAUCAUUUAAUAAAGAUCAUAAACAGGCUACUGCUUCUGCUCAAAAUUUGGGGGUUAAAUUGGAGGCACAUGAUGGCCAGAUAGUUAUAAAGAAAAGUGGUGUAGGUCAACAGACGAAAAAAAGUCCACCAGCUACUCCUGCUUAUAAGAAACGACACAGAGGUUGUUCCUAUUGCAUUCUGGACAUUGAGAAUGCUCCCAUUCCAGAGUUCCCACCCAAUGAGGAGGUUGUUGGAGUAAUUACCAUGGAGGAUGUUAUUGAAGAACUUCUUCAGGAGGAAAUAUUGGAUGAAACAGAUGAGUAUGUCAAUAUCCAUAACAGGAUUAAAGUCAACAUGCAUGCAACUCAGGAAAAGGCUGUAGAUACGAAUUCAUCUUUGCCUUCCCAAAAUGGUUCAUCCAUCACCAGCACCCAGCUUCGAACUGUAUCCCUGCCUCCAGUUUCAUCUUAUACUCAACACUCUGCUGACUAGAUUCCAGCCCAACGCGCUCAAAUAUUAGGUAAUGGCCGCCUAAACAGGCAAGGCUCACAAAAAGAAAGAUCUAAUAUUAAGUGUAUGUCAAAUAUGUGAUACGGUUUAGAGUACGUUUAGUAACAUUUAUAAAAAUGUUUUUUCUUUUACAAAUUAAAGAUAAGUUUUUAUUACUUUAUAAGAAUAAUUUUGGGGAAAAACUUUGAUAAAUUUUAAUAAUUAUUAUUUUAUUUGUUAAUUUUAAAAACUA